CAACAAAGCUAUAAAUAAAACAAAACUAACAUUUACCAAAGAAAGUAACAAUUGUUACAAAUAAAGUUUGGUUACUGAGUAGUAGUGUUGCUGCCAACAAAUGAUUAUUUUCAUGAUCAAUUAAUCUGCUGAUUAUUUUCUCAGUUAAAUGUUUGAUCUAUAAAAUAGUGAAAAAUGCUUUUCAUGAAAGCCCAAUUGCAAUCAAUCAAUUGCUUGUUUUGUCUGACCAACAGUUCACUAUCUCAUAACACAAAGAAAAGCAGCAACGCCUCACAACUGAGAAGUUGGAACAAAGUUACGGAUCAAGGCCGAUCCGUGCAAGUAAUACAGUCAAUUAGAUAGAUCUUCAGUAUUGUGGACCAUGGUUAUUAUAACCCGGACCGGUGUGGUGACUCUACUGCUGACAUCCAGAGAGCUAGGCGGCAGUAGCCCGCAGAGGUCGUAACAGCACAGCCAGCAUCAGGAAAAGACAGUUGACGCUGUUACGCUUUGCUAGAUGAUUGGCGAGGCAAGAAGAUGGCGGCGCCAGAGGAGCCAGAAUUAUCCCAGGCGCAGACUGAAAAACUCCUUCAGUUUCAGGACCUAACUGGCUUGGAAUCAAUGGACCAAUGUCGUCGAACAUUAGAGCAGCAUAAUUGGAACAUAGAGGCUGCAGUACAAGACAGACUUAAUGAGCAGGAAGGAGUGCCCAGUGUGUUUAACCCUCCACCAUCCAGACCAUUACAGGUCAACACAGCAGACCAUAGAGUAUAUAGUUACAUCGUCUCAAGGCCACAACCCAGGGGAUUACUAGGAUGGAGUUACUACUUGAUAAUGCUACCUUUCAGAUUUACAUAUUACACACUCCUGGAUAUAUUCAGGUUUGCCCUGCGGUUCAUCAGGCCAGAUCCUCGUGGUCGUGUGACAGACCCUGUUGGAGAUGUUGUGUCCUUCAUUCACAGUUUUGAGGAGAAGUAUGGUCGGUCACACCCUGUGUUUUACCAGGGAACAUACAGCCAGGCACUGAAUGAUGCCAAACGGGAGCUCCGCUACUUAUUAGUGUACCUUCAUGGGGAGGAUCAUCAAGACACUGAUGAGUUUUGCCGCUCCACGUUAUGUACAGAAGAGGUCGUAACCUUCCUCAACACGCAAAUGCUCUUUUGGGCAUGCUCAACCAGCAAGCCUGAGGGCUACAGAGUGUCCCAAGCAUUGCGGGAGAACACCUACCCAUUCCUGGCCAUGAUAAUGCUCAAGGACCGCAAGAUGACAGUGGUGGGCAGGCUCGAGGGUCUCAUUCAGCCGGAGGACCUCAUCAAUCAGCUCACCUUCAUCAUGGAUGCCAACCAAACACAUCUGAUGUCAGAGCGCCUUGAACGGGAGGAGAGGAACCAGACCCAAGUGCUCAGGCAGCAGCAGGAUGAAGCCUAUCUGGCCUCCCUCCUUGCCGACCAGGAGAAGGACCGAAAGAAAAGGGAGGAGGAGGAGCAGCUGAGGCAAGCGGAGGAGAAGGUCCGACAGAGUGCUCUUGCAGAGGAGCGCCGACGACGAACACUCGAAGAGGAGAAGGAGAGGAAGUCAGAAUGUCUUCCCCCAGAGCCACCUGCGGAUGAUCCAGAAAGUGUCAAAAUAGUGUUUAAGCUGCCCAAUGAUACACGAGUAGAGAGACGAUUCCUCUUUGGGCAGUCUCUGACGGUAAUAUACGACUUUCUUUUCUCUUUGAAAGAAUCCCCAGAGAAGUUUCAGAUAAUUACAAACUUCCCUCGCCGAGUCUUGCCCUGCCUUCCAACUGAAGAGCAGCCCAACCCUCCCACACUAAAAGAGGCAGGGCUCAGCCGCUCCGAGGUCCUUUUUGUUCAGGACCUUACGGACGAUUAGUAGAUGACAUACCUCCUCUACGUGGAAACGCAUUUUCCUCCAAUGCCCACCCACUCCUCUUUUUCUUUUUCUUCUUUUGUAAAAUGGCCAUUAUGCACAAGGGAUCAUUGAGAUAAAAUCCUAACCUGGACAAAUUUAACUACCCUGCAUCCAGUCCUUGUUUGGUUGUGUUUACAGGGUUCCCAAUAGCCUGGAAAGUCUUGAAUUUUAUCAAAUAAAUGUUUCCUAAAGUCCUUCCUUGAACUCAUCUUUGUAUCCGUGUGGACAAAGAAGUUUGUUUUCCAUUGUAUGUACUAGCUACCAGUUAAUUCUUGUCCUUCUUCACCAGUAAUUGUUGCAGCAAAGCAUUAAUCAUCUACUGAAAUGUACUGAACCAGUAGCAUAGCUUUCUGCAAUACCAGAACCAUAUCCCAAAUCAGUUCGUGUCUGGGCAACUGAGGAAGGCAGAUGUAUUAAAAUCUACUGAUACACAGGAUGCAGGAUAGAGAAAUAUGGAUUUCUAUAAUGGUGUGAAUGCCUUGGCUACAACUUGAUGUUUGAUCCAUGUGUCCUAAUUCAACAUCCUUUUUGCCCUGAAGUGUAUACAUGCUUCCUCCAGUGACGGACGAGCACAGAAAUGGUCUAAGUUGGGUUUGGUACCGCUGUGAUUAAUCUAUGUAGUGUGGAGAGCAAAUGUACUACUUCAGGGAGCAGGUUGGUGGAUUUGGGCAUAAAGGAAUUAUGGGAACCCUGUUUUAAAUGAGCCAUGACCUGUAUAUAAGUUAGAUAUUUAAAAACCCAAAAUUUACCUUGUUUUGUUUUUUGACUCAUCUGUGUCAUAAAAUGACCAAAUGCAGGUUGGUUACUAUGUAAAGCAGACUGCCUCAAGCUCAUGAAGUUUAAAAAUACAAUAUUUAACAGAGGCCACAGCUUUUAAAUGUGGCUUUAUCUAGUAUAGUAAGAGUCUGCCCAUAGUGUGCCUGUGGUUACUCAUAGAUGCCUGUUUUGCCUGUAACAUCUAAAUGGGCCCAUGUAAAGAUGUAAUUUUCCAACUAUAAAUUAAAAACAUUUUAAAAAUG